ACAGGUGUGUGUGAACAGGUAUAUCUGUACUGAAUGAUUGUGUCUCGUAUGGGUUUCCUCAGGCUGGAGACUCGUAUGACGGCGGACAUCAACGUCAUCCUGCAGCUCCUGCAGAGCCAAAUAACCCCAGUGCCCCCUGCGUACAGCACCGUCUCCCCUGGCAACCACCCCCCGAACCCCGGGCCGGAGGCACCAGCGCUUCAUGGCAUGUACCCGCUCCAGAACCAACCCAGGGACAGCCGGGCCUCCUCACUACCGAGUGAUGCCCAACCAGAGACCAAGUUCACCCAGAAAUCCCUGCCGACCGCCAUUCACGUCACCGUGGCGCCAGACAAGGAGGAGAGCGUGACCCCUGACCCCCGGGCUCAGGAGAAGGUGAGGUCGUUGCUGAUGGACGUUCCGUCGCUCUGUGCCUCCCUGCGCUUCCCCUCGUUGCCCGGCAACUUGGAUGCGUCGCAGCACCUCGCCGUGAUUCAGAAGCACGUGUCGGACCCUGUCCUUCCCUUCAGCUAAAGACAUGACAUGACCGGACCACCACCGGCAGCCACUGCAGCCUUUCAAGACCUGAAAGGCUGGUUCGUGCCCUACUUUAGGGUUGAUUGACUGCAUGUUCUUACAGAGAACACAGGAACAAACUCCAACAACU